AUGGACGACGAGAACUACGAGAUAAUCGACUACACUGCAGCGUCGGCCUGGGAGAAGUUCAUUGCAGCACUUGAAGACACGCUGCUAAAGUGGGACUUGGGUGACGGCAAGACAGGCAGCUUUGACAUUGACCAGCUGCGGGAGAAAUGCCAAGCACUGACAGUCCGGCGGCGACAGGACCGGGACAGCGUACGCACAGAGCUUGCUCAGCUCUGUACACGCACCCAGCGCGUGGCCUUCCGCGGCACUGCAUAUACGCUGACAUUAUCGGUGCACCCGCUCUUGGCCUCCCCACAGACAGAGAACCCUGCGGAAAAGGCCACCAGAUUUUACGGGCUGUUCCCGCCCAUCUAUGCGACAGAACUAGAGGUUGACCGCGGCUACAAAGAGGCAGAACCAACAUGGCAUCCGAUGCACCGCUGGACAGGCAGCAGCAUGAUUGUGUUUCUAGCAUACGCUGGCGACGAGGACGGCGCCUGGGACGACGAUCUCUUGGAUGCUUCUGAGGGCAGUCCAUCGGCAGCUGGAGACUAUAGCGUGUCGUUGGACACUGCCAAGAUUCUCAUGUCGUCGUUGAAUAUUGCGGCGCGGAAUGUGCGAUGUCGGCUGCCGAUGUUUGUGCCUGUGGGCGACGCAUGGCGGUUCCUGUUCACUGGUCGGUCACUCGACAAGGCUGUGAGCGUGUCUGCCAAGGACGGCAAACCUAGCGGCGCCCUGGUUGCCGACACAAAGUUUGACUCGAUCUAUCUCGCCCAGGCUCCGUCUGCGUACCUCCAGCUUAACGGGCUCUUGGAGCUAUUUGCUGGGUCAUUCAAAUUGGCUUCAUACUUCAAGCAGCUCGGCGGCAGCAACGGUACCCAGACAGAGGAGCAAAAGUGGGCCAUUCUAGCUAGCAACGUGCAGCUUGCCGCGUUGCAUGCCUACCAUAUCACCAACACGUAUAACCGCGACUGGAACCGACAGUCGGCAGACUUUCACUACCGCCAAGGCGACCUCAACGUGGGGCCAGCCAACGACCCGCUGCGAACUAUGCGACUAAGUGCUUGCUUCCAACCGGCUCCCUGCAGCACAUACAUUAGCCCCCAGGCUGUUGGUCGCGAUCGGCUGUAUUUGAAAACGGCGACAGCCUGGGCGUUAGCCGUGCAAUUCUUACCAGCGGACAUGGAGCGCACAAUGCUGACUGAGGCCCUCGAGGACGCUUUUGCUUCGUGGGCGCAGUCAGCCAGCAAUGCACACAGGCACCGGCACCUCGACCUAUCGGACCAGAUGGAGGCACAUGCCGAAGUCACUGGCGACAUGCUGAUCGACCUGUUUGGCUCCGCCAGUGGCUCGCUCAUACAGCCACCAGGUACAGAGGAGGCCGAGAGCGAUGCGGCGCGGCGCUGUGCGCUCGAGGAACGGCUGGAGACGGUCAUGGACGAGGUAUAUGCAGACACAGCACCACGGCCACUCAGCGUGGCACAGCUGAUCGCGCGCAUGCCACAUGGAGCCGCGGUCCCCUGCCACUCGCUGCUCUGGCGUCUAUGCGAAAUUGUGCUUGUGACCACAGCCAAGCGCUCGGCGGACUUUUGGCGCGCACCGUCGAUCAUGACUUUCCUGCGGCUACUGUGGGCUAUGACUGUCCGAGAAGUGCGCUGGCGAUGGGAGAACAGAGAAUUCAUACCGAAAAUUGCCAGUGCCAGCGAAUGCCGUGCGGCGAGGGAUGGCGCGGCCAGCUCGGGUAUGGAUACACCCAAUGCCAGUCUGCUGGGGCUUAGCACUGUGGCAGGCGAGCAGGCCAGCAAGUAUGAUGUGCAUUUGAGGUAUGCAUUGAUAUACCAAAAGCUGGAGAUGCUUAAUUGCUGUCAGGAGAGGCGGAAGGUGCGCCAGUCGCCGUCUCCUUCGCAUGUCGGCCAGGUCGAUGCCCGAGCUGCUGUUGCUGAUCAGAUUGCGCCGCCUGAAGACAUACUGGCGCAAGGGGAUGGAAGUGUCGACCAGGAUCCAGCAGCAAACAGCAGCCUGGCACAGCGGAUCCGCUCUCACGUCAAGGAUCAAAUUCGCAAACACAUUUCUAGCGAUACAGCUGGUUCAUCUGCUACCUCAGGGGGCAGCUGGGUGCCAGGCUCUCGCCUCAAUCGCCCGAUUGGCCGACUGCUUCAGUCAAUCCGUCCACAGGACGGCAGCGCUGCAGAGCCGUCACAGGGAUCAUCAGCCGAUCGGCUGUCGAUAACAGAGACUGUGCACAGGUCCCCAGCGGAAGUCGAUGGGUUUGAGGAUAUUGAUGAUGCCAUGGGCUCAGCCAGCGACAGCGACGGAUUUAUGUCAGCCGAAGAUGCAGAUUACCAGAGUGAGUCAGAGGAGAUCGAGAGCAACAGCAUUGCAUCGUUCGUCGACCGAACUACUGAAUCUGACCACACGAACAUGCAGUCGUCGUUUGGAACUGUGCGACUGCCACCCAAUGCCGUGCAGUUUACCAGCGACUCAUCCAGCAAGAGCAUGCCGAUCAGAAAUGAGAGACACGCACACGAGUCGUCCAACUAUGUUGAUCUGACAAUCUCAUCGAGCAUGGACUCGAACUCUGGAUUCCACCAUAUCAGCAAUGUGCACGAGAGCGAGCGACCAUCAGUCAUGACUAAUAGUCAGGGAACCACACCGGCUUCGCCAGCGAUCAAACAGCCAUCGCGUGCAUCCAGCAGCCCAGCUCCUCAACCCGAGUUGGCAGAUGGAGAGCGCGCUGGAGGGCUCAUGGCCUCAAGCACGAUGCGGAUUCUGGGCACCGACGAGCCGCUGUGGAUCCCCGAAAUCCAGCAACCACCAGUGAUGUCCGAGGACAUGCUGCGUGAGCGGGAGGCUAUCUUGAUCGGCCUAGGCACGUCCGAGGAAGGCACUGCGCAACGCGCUCGCCUGCAGUGCGCCGAGCUGAUUUCCGAUAUGGAGUCAUUCAAGGCAGCUAAUCCGAAAUGCGCUCUGGCAGACUUUGUCCGGUGGCACUCGCCGCGCGACUGGCUGGUGCCUGAAGGCGGCCAGGAGCAGGACGGCUGUCUGAGCCCACGCAUGUCCGAGAGCACAAACAAUCUGUGGCAGCAGCUGUGGAGCGAAGCGAGGCGCGUGCCCGCAAAGCUGCAAAAGCCGCUGUUUGACUGCGAGAUGGAGGCUGAAAAGGCCCUGCACUACCUAGAAGGCGUCCCCGUGUACUCUCUGUUCACCGGCCUCCUGCCGACCAUAUUUACUAUUGCCUACGAGCGGCUGUACCGCCAGCCGAUCAUCCAUCGCCUGCCUGUCCUGCGCUCGCGACUGGUGGCUCUAGGGGUCAAGAUGCUGCGCGAUGUUGACUGGGCAACGGCUGACCCUGACAGCCCCGCAUACAGUUCCAUUCUCGACGACAUUGAAUCGCUUGAGGUACAGACGAGCAGGUGUAUUGCACUUCUGCACAAGUUCCCGGAUCAGCUCAGGCUUGUAGAGCGGCUUGUGUGCUCUGGCCAGACCAGCGUCGAUGAUCGGCGCGAGCAGCGCGUGGUGCUGAAGGCCCUGGGGCAGUUCAAUAUUGCAGCCAUGGCGCCAAAGCGUCGCGAAUACGUGUUUACUGCCAACACAUUAGGCAUUGGUUCGUCAAGCGAGGAGGCGAGUGAAACCAGCAGGUUUGCCCAGCGCAUGCAUGUAGUAAUUGAGGAGGGCUCGUCGAUUCGAGUCGUCAACAGCCGGACCAAGGUCCAGUGCAGCUUAUAG